AUGACCAAAAAAGCACCCUCAAUAAACAAACGAGAUGUGUACCAGAACUGCUUGGACUACCUGCGUUGUUAUAUCGUUGAUCUCACAAUGGUCCAAGAAGAGACUUUCAAUCAUUUGAAAGACGAAUUCAAGCCCGAACAUGUUUGUGAACCUACGUCGAGCCCUAAAUACUUGACAGCAAUAAAGAAGUUCGUAUCUGCCCAUAGCAAAAUCAAAGUCUACAGAGAUAUAAUGAAGUGUUACCGGUUAUGGAAGGAAAAACUUCAACCGGUCAUAGGGGACGGGUCGCGGAAAAACUCUUAUGCAGAACUACCUCUCAGGCUUGCAGCGUGCUUCUUCCUGAAUGGAGACUACUACAAAGCCUUACUAUGUCUUCGACAUUCCAUUCAUCUUGAACCUAAAAGCUUGAUCCCCAGAAUUUUGGCUUUGCGGUGGUCUGCAUACCUAGGUGAAUGGGAGAUGGCGGAAAUGGCUUUGGCGUUUGAAGAAGCAAAACCUCCUAAGAAAAACGGGAUGGAUGACCACCUUGUAGAACAGCUAGUGUCUAUGACUGAAGUCGUCAAGGCUUAUGUAGAUUUCAAUCGUGAUCAGAGAACGAGAGCAAUAUCUGCUAAAACAAUAUUGAUAGCCACGGAAAAAGUAAACGCUGAUGUGCGAACCACAUUCCCGGUGUUCGAAACCCAGGCUUUCGUGAACUGGAUAGCAGCUCACUUGCCGAAAGUUGCAAGCUUUAAAGUGGGAAAUCUUGAGCUUUUCGAUACGUUCAACUGCCUUCAUCGAGCGGUUCUGAAGGCAGAAAGUGUUAUGAAGAACAGGAUGCCGGGAAUCCAAAAGGAAGAGAUCCCUUUGGAUCUGAAGAAGAUGGCUUCAGAUCCUUUGGACUUCUUGAAAGCAUGCUCAUCGUUCGCUGAAAGUUGUGAUUUGAGAAGGGACUACGCGAUUGAGCUCCUGAAUGUAGGCAUGGUUCGAGAUGCUGCUGCUAUUUCGCAAGUGGGACUGUGGUGUGCAGUGAAAACCGGUGUACUAUUCAGAAUCCAACAGUUUGUUAAUGUUAACGUUCUCAUACGUUCGUGUGUUGUACAGCAGGAGUUCAAGAAAGAUCUCACAGUCUGUAUGGAUAUCAUGCACAUAAUUUACGCCUCCGAUAACUCUGCUUCAAAAUUACCCUUCGUUUGUUUCAAGAAGAAGCCACUAUUUGAAGUAGAAUUACCAGAUGAUGACUUUACAGGCCCUUGCACUUCUACUCCGGUCGCGAAUAAAUCAUCUGCUCGCGCGAUUCAUCGGUCCAUUGCUGCAUCACUGGCUGAGUCAUUCGAGGAAUUAAGACUCGAAUCCGCCAAGACGCCUUUACGUUGCAAAUCACCCGGGCGGAUCGCAUCCAAGCUUAUCGAUUCAUUUCAUGAGUUGACGUUAUCCGAAACAAUGUGUUCCUUACAUGAACUCUCUGAAAGUUGUGAUUGCAACACUUGUGAGCUGUGCAACACAAACUAUAAUGCUGCUUUUGAAUACUGGAUGUCUUCGUUCCUCAACGAGUCUAUGUCCAAUGAAUCGAUGCAGUGUCUUGAGAAAAAGUUCCAAACUUUGCGCAGUUGUGUAGCUGCGGAACAAUGCGCGGUUCUAGGCAGAAAGGUCAAACCGCGCCCUCCUUCGAUUAUGUGUGAGACCUUUGCAAUGUGUGCCAUUCGUUGGUUGCGGAGUUUAGAAGACAGUGGAUGGGAUCGUGACGAUUCCACGCUUAAAACUUUUAGACAACAAAUAAUCACAUCCGCUCUGAAGGUCUGUAGCUACUCCUCAGUGCGAACAAUAUGCUAUCGACUAGCUAUCUCACAGCUCGAACGGAUCCAGAAGGUUUUGCGACCUACCCAUUACGAUUGGAUGAUGGGCGCUUCCCUAGCAAAUAAGGUUAUGUCUACCGUGGCUCAAUAUCUAUUCUCUCCUAUUUGUAGGACUCUGAAUCCUAGUGAUUGUGAGGGUUCGGAAGAACAGAAGGAACUGGACGAAGCUGUAAUUGCUGAUGCGUGGACGGAGUAUGCUUCUUAUUGCCAUUUGCUGUACAGAGACUGGCGCUUUCCUAUAUGCUCCUUCUUGGGAGAGUACAGCAAAUGUCCAUGGGAAGAGGCUAUGAUGUGGUCCGAAUCAAUUAUGUUGACAACAAGGCAACAUUCUCGUCUUUUAUCAGGCAAAAUGAGUGGUUUCGCAUUUUCGCAGCCUACACUUUUCAAGAAGAUGGUUGAGAAACUUCCCUCAGAUUUUACAUUGGUGCACCUAGCUAUGUCGCAUGAUGGUUCACUUCAUCUUAUCAAAAUACAUAAGGACAGGGAACCUAUUGUAAUUCCGCUGGCACCAAAGUCAAAGGUAGAUCUAGUGAAGUCAUUGAUGGAUAAGAUAAUAGACGAAAAUGCUCGAACAAGUUGUCUCGGUAAAGUGACAAAAGACGCAAGAGCUUUCUGGGCAGCAAGAAGAGCCGUUGACAGGGAUCUUAAGAACCUCAUUCCCCGGGUACAGGAAAUCCUGCUAGGUCCAGCUGCUCCCUUGAUGUUACCGUCAAUGUCUUUGAAUCGUAAAGGUUUGAGCAUAGCGAAAUGCUUAGUAGAUGCUUCGCAGUCGUCUGAUGGCUCGCGGCUUCCAUUGUCUUAUGCAAAGGAAUUGGUGUCGUUAGCUGCCAAAUUGGAAAAAGCAGAAUGGGCAUGCAUUGUUGAAAGGAUUUGCGAUUUUGUAGGUCUAUCCUCUCGAAAGGAAGCUAUACAAGAAUUUUUCCCGAAAAUAGCAACAGCAACUGUUAACGGCGGCAUAACAAGUGAUUCCGGCCCGUGUUAUACGUUUCUGAUUGUCUGUCCGGAUUUAACAACAUUUCCGUGGGAAGUCAUACCAGUAUUCCGCAACAGUCCUUAUGUAGCCCGAAUCCCUUCUAUCCAUGCUCUUUUCCAGACUUUGCGAAUGAGAAAAGAGGUGCCGGUAGCAGUAAAUGCUUCGAAUGCGUUUUACAUACUGGACCCAGACAAUAACCUUGGUGACACUCAGAGGCGGAUCACAGAUUAUGUAUCGAAAUUUGGUUGGAACGGAGUUGUUGGCAAAAUCCCUGACCCCGAAGUAGUCAAAGAAGCACUUCGAGCGCGUGAUGUGUUCUUCUAUAUGGGUCAUGGGAGUGGAUCCAGGUACUUCAGUAGACGUGUCAUCAGUGAGAACACGAUCAAUGCUGUAAGCGUACUUAUGGGAUGUGGAAGCGUGAAACUCACACCACUCGGAUGGGGUAUGGACGGUAAGAGUUCUGUACACGACUAUACCGUAGCCCAGUGUCCCUCUGUCGUUGGGUGUUUGUGGACUGUUACAGAUGGGGAAAUCGACCGUUAUUUUAUGGCGUUGGUCGACUUAUGCUUUUCAUCUGAUGGGAAUCGCACUCUGACAGGUACAGAUGGUAGCUGCAGCCGACUUCGUCUACUCGUCGAAGCAAUGCAUCGAGCUAGAGACAAGUGCAAACUACCAUAUCUCACCGGAGCAUCAGUUGUCUCAUACGGCAUUCCUCGGCCUAUCCCUAUUCUGAAAUUACAAUUUCAUCAUCGGCAAAUUGUUUGCAAUUAUCGACUGUGUCCUGGAGGAAAGACGUAUGUGAACACGUUUUUCUUGCCUCAACACUGCGCCGAAGAAUCAAAACAACGGCGAGACUGCAUAGUGAGAAAAAAGCACGCAGCCACACCUAUUCAGCUGCUGCGCGGCAGUGAAGUUAAGCUAGUCAAUACUGGAGAUGAAAACAAACAUUUUCCAGAAGUCUAUUACCAAUUUAUCGACCCAAAAGGGAAUAAGGGCUUGGUUGGCACAACGGCGGUUACGAACCAGCGAUCGAUCGUCCGGACACAGCGGAACCUCUUACCUACUGCACCAGACCUUCUCGAAGGAGAUAAGACGGUACGAUAA